GCCCCCAUGCAAUGAGGAGCUCUAUAAAGGCACCAGGAGCGGCGGCUGUGGGCGUUCUCCGGGAUGCCUUCAGGUCCGCGGUGCUGGCUUUGUGCUUGCAGCAUCUCUCUUCUUCUCCCUUUCUCAAUGACAACCAGGUUUUCCACUUGUGUGCUGGCUUUACUACUCUUUUGUUAUUCCUCUGAUUCCUAUGAACCAUCGACAUUACCUGAUCCUCGGGAUCCAAAGUUUAUUGAGGAAUGUGUGCAAACCCAUAACAGAUUCCGGUCCGGAGUGGAUCCGCCAGCCAGCAACAUGCUGUACAUGAGUUGGGAUCCAGAUUUGGCAAAGACUGCGAAAGGCUGGGUAAAGAAAUGCAUAUUUAAACAUAAUAUAUACCUCAAAGAGCGAGGGAAAGUUCACCCCAGAUUUCAUACUGCUGGAGAAAACCUCUGGACAGGCUCAAUUUCUGCCUUUACUGUGAAAGGAGCCAUCACCUCUUGGUACAAUGAGGUCAAAUACUACACUUACAAUGCCAAUCGGUGCAGUAAAGUAUGUGGCCACUAUACACAGGUAGUUUGGGCUGCAAGCUACAAGGUUGGCUGUGCUGUCCACUUCUGUCCCAAGGUGGCAUACACCACCAUACGCAACGCAGCACACUUCGUCUGCAACUACGGGCCGCCUGGGAAUUUCCCAGUGCGACCAUACAAGACGGGAGAUGCGUGCAGAGACUGCGGCGGCGAGCAGUGUGAUAGCAAGAUGUGUCGAAAUGCAGAGCGUGACAAAGUCAUUGAGGAUUCCAACUGGCAUCCAGAGUGGGACAGACCUGCAUGUGAUGAGUUCUGCAUCUCCGUUACUGCUUUAAGAUCAUUACUCCUAAUACUGACAUUUCUGGCCACCUGGCUGAUACCCAAAUACUGGUCUCUAGUACCUGCCAGUGGGUGACACACAUGUAGAAGACCACAAGAGCACUUGGCUCUUCCACUUGCAUAAGUUGCUGGCAGCAAAAACAUUGGUAGAGACAUUGUUUGCAUCCACAGGUGAUUUAGAAAUACAGAAAUAACAUCUGCAUUGCAGGUCAUAGUUAAAAGCACUGAUAAGCAGCUUCCUUAUUGCUCAGAGCCAGUUGAAAGUUAAAAUGGCUUUAGAUACUAAAAUUGCUUUAAAAGUUAAAUAGUUAAAAUAUUUUUAAAGUGGAGCAGUGUGCUGGUGUUCUGGUAGGUACAGGAGCACAUUGUCCAGGCAGCACACUAAGGUGCAGGCAGCUGCCCAACACACUUUAGGAAGGGCUGGAGAAUGUCCAGCCCAGGAGCCAGGCCCCAGCCCACAGCCAAGUCACAGGCAGAGCAUGCACCUGUCUCAUUCCUAUUGCACUCUUACCUUGGGUGCUCCUACAGCAAGAUGCAGAGUGUCCUGUAUCAUUUAAACUUUAUUUUAAGGAAUUUUUCGAUCCCUGUGAGCUCUGGCAUUUGCAUCCUGUGGCAGGCAGCACACUUCCCAGUUUCACAGAGCACUUGUGUCAGUGCCACUUCUCUUUGCUUAGAAUUUGUUUUUAAACUCAUGGUACCUGUGCCUAAACAGUUUUAUCUGUGUUUACAUGGUUAUAUAUCACUGCAAUCUUUCCUGUUGUUUUUUUUUUCUGAGCAUUGGGAUUUUACUGCUGUUUCAAACAAUAAAUUGUUAUUUCCUGC